GAGGAUUAGUCGGGCAGAAAGUGUCGCGGUGAGUUUGUAGAGUUUGUAAACAUUCCGCAAAGGAUAGUCUUAGCUGUGAUUGUGGAUAACGUAUUUGUACUGUGUGUACAAAAAUAAGGCGAUACAAAUAAUUUAGGUGCAAAAAUACGGUGUUCUGAAAUGUCUGCAAGAACAACUGAUUAUAAAUUUGAAGCUGUGCUGGGCAGUGGAUCAUUUGGAAAAGUUCACCUGGUUAGAAAACGGAAGGAUAGAAAAACUUUUGUAAUCAAGGAGCAGGAUGUCAGCCAAAAGGCGAAAACGUCAUACGAAAUGGCCCUCGGCGAAAUUCACUGUUUACGAAAAAUGAGACACCCGAAUAUAAUUGCGUAUCACGACGCCUGGAUUGAGGGAAGUCGUAUUUACAUUCGGAUGGAAUAUGCUAGUCGUGGUACGCUGAAGGAUCUUUUGGAGAGGCGACAAAACCCAUUGAAAAACGAGGACGCUCUUUACCUAUUUUCGCAAGUAACUUUGGGCGUUCAUCACAUUCAUUCGCAAAAAAUUCUACAUCGGGAUCUAAAGCCGGAAAAUAUCAUGCUAACUGGUCACCUGGGUGAUAUUGUGAAGAUAGGAGACUUUGGAGUAUCCAGCAGUAUGCAAGGAACUUUACGAUCAGCCACUCUUGCGGGAUCCUAUUACUUCAUGGCUCCGGAAAUGCUACGAGGACAACCCUGCGAUUUCAAAUGCGAUAUUUGGAGCAUGGGUGCUAUUCUGUACCAGAUGGUUACCAACGAACUUCCAUUUCAAGCCAAGAACCUUAAAGACUUGGUUGAGGCUGUCUGUAGCUCCAGGAUUCGACCCAUAGAAGCAAACACUUCGCCUGAAGUUGUGAAUUUGGUAUCAAAAAUGCUGCGAAGUAACCCAGCAUAUCGCCCCAAAAUAGAACAGCUUCUUCUGUGCCCUUACUUGGUCCCGUAUAUGAUUCGUGUUCAUCUUAAUAUCGGACGUAUCGCAGUUUCAAACAAGUUUCAACAUCAUGGAGCAUCACAAAAUUUGAACGAAAUAAACCCGUUUACAAAAUAUUUGCAAAAAUUCCAGAAAAUUUAAAAAUUGAAAUGUGUUAUAUCUGCAAAAGAUUAGUUUUAAAUAAGUGCACCAAUAGAUACAAAUUUGAGGUGCUAUUCUUUUAUCAUACAAAACAAAAAUGAACAAUCGAGAACUAAUG